CACCGUUAUUUGUCAGCGGCACCUUCACCAUUUGGGAAUGGAUUUCCCAUUUUUGCACUGAUUGGGAAUUCACCCGUCCUGAGUUUGGGCUAGAAAACUUGUCACCAUAUUUUGCCAUCGCAUUCGCACUCCACUAGAAAAGCGCCUACUCUUGCAGCUAUGGCAGGAAUACUUGGAGCUCAGGAUCAACAACCGUCGCAAAAUCAACCUGGGAGGGUGGUGGAGAAGCUUAACCCUGCUGUUCAGCAACAGCUUAACCUGGAAUCCGUGAAGACUCGAGCUAUUAGCCUUUUCAAAUCCAUCUCUCGCAUCCUUGAAGACUUUGAUGCCAUAGCCCGUGCGAAUGCUCUUCCUAAAUGGCAAGAUAUCUUAGGGCAGUUUUCCAUGGUCAAUUUGGAGCUGUUUAAUAUAGUUGAAGACAUAAAAAAGGUAUCCAAGGCUUUCGUUGUACAUCCAAAGAAUGUUAAUGCCGAAAAUGCAACAAUUCUACCUGUUAUGUUAUCAUCAAAGUUGUUGCCUGAGAUGGAAAUGGAAGAUAACUCCAAAAGGGAGCAGUUGCUCAUUGGCAUGCAAAAUCUCCAUGUGGCCUCCCAAAUUGAAAAGCUCAAGAGCCGAAUUGAUAUGAUCGGAGCAGCUUGUGAAAGUGCUGAAAAGGUUAUAGCUGAUACGCGCAAAGCCUACUUUGGGACCAGACAGGGGCCAACAAUUCUUCCAACUAUAGACAAGGCACAAGCUGCAAAAAUCCAGGAACAGGAAACUAUACUCCGAGCUGCUGUAAACCAGGGAGAAGUGCAACAAUUAAGCUGCAAGGAUUUCUACUUCUCUCAAUGAUAUACGUAUAUUAUAAGGGUUACGAGUACCUGCAGACCAAAGGCAGAUCACAUCUUCACUACCUGUCCAUUUGGUGGAUGUUCUCACUGUUAGCGAUAGACACCAGGCUCUUAAUGAU